CGAGGCGGUCAGAGAGGCAGAGCCAGGGACCAAAGUGGUUGUCUGGAUACCUGCUUCUCUCCUCCUCCAUCUGGUGCAGGGAUCCGCUCUCCGCCGCGGCUAGCCUGCACUUUCAUUUAAAUAAGUCAUUUGCAAGGCUAAUGUUUGAGUGUGGCCGUAUCUGACCACUGCAGCUUUUGAUCUGCUGACUCAGCUCGAGUAAAGCUCUUUGUGAAGACCAGAUGGACGCGGAUCGGGUCUUUUAUAUGUGUUGGCAAUCCAAAACCUGUGCACUUUGUGGGAUCAAGCGCUUGGGAUAAAUCAACAUCAUCAUGUGGACCGUCUCACAGAUGCCUCCUGGACCCUGUGAUCCGAUUUCUGGAAGACUGUGACAGGAUUGUCCUUCCCCGUAACCGACGCUGCUCAACCUUAAUACACACAGUGACGUUGAGCAACUUUGCCCGAGAUUAUGCUGAGCAUCCUUGCAGCUGGCUCCAUAUUCUUCCCAGGCCUCUUCCUGCUGUCCAAGCGAUUCCUGAAACAUGCUCCUGGGCUCAAAUGGAGCGAGAAGGAUGCUGUCAUCGUCUCGUCCAGACUGGUGUCCUCCGUUCAGGCCAUUAUGGCAUCCUCUGCCGGGUACAUCAUCGCCUGUUCAUGUGAAGACAUCAUUGAGGACCAGCACUGGCUUACCAGCAGCUAUAUCCUCUUUGCUGUCCCCUACUUCGUCUAUGACAUCUAUGCCAUGUUCUUGUGCCACUGGUACAAACUUCAGGUCAAAGAUCAUGAGGAGGAGAGCGAAGCCAAACCGAUGAGGUCAGCCAUCAGCGGCUAUCUGCGCCGAGAGAUCCUUAUGGUCCUGCACCAUGUCGUCAUGGUCACUGUCUGUUUCCCUGUCUCUGUGUUCUGGAGACAGGGAAAAGGGGAUUAUUUCCAGGGUGUGAUGUUCCUGGCAGAACUCAGCACCCCAUCUGUCUGUCUUGGAAAAAUACUCAUCCAGUACAAGCAACAGCACACUCUCCUACAUAAAGUCAAUGGAGCUCUUAUGCUGGUCACUUUCUUCAUCUGCAGAGUUCUUCUCUUCCCCUACCUCUACUACGCCUACGGCAGGUACGCCUCCAUCCCCUUCUACAUCGUGCCGCUGUCUGUGCCCUGGCAGUGUAACGCAGGUGCAGCUUUGCUCAUGGCCCCGCAGGUCUACUGGUUUUCCCUCAUCUGCAGGGGCGCCUUCCGUCUCUUCACCAGAGCCUCACGGCACAAAGCUGCUCCUAGCAGCAAAGACUCUGAACCGAAAACCUCACUCCUGCCCCCUGCCAACGGAUACAGCCCCAGAGAGACCGACUCGCACUGAGAGAGGAGUAGAGAUAGAGAUGUAGGUACAGGGUUGCUAGAUUUAGACCAAACAGGAAACCGAAGGCAGACUGACUUAUUAUCCUUGGCUCUACCUUAGACCCAGUGGCGUGGGUUAGCAAACAAAGAAACUGAAGGUCUGUACCCUCGCUAUUCACCAUCCGUCAUCCUCUCAUUGAGAACAAAAAUAAGACUGCAGACCAAACCAAACAGAUUGUUUUCUCCCUAACAUGCACAUUCUCUAUGUUGGAGCAGUAGGUCGGCGAAGUCUCAUCUGCUGCUUUGCAGGGUUAGUGCGUCAUUUGUAGAUUACCAUGGUCAUAAGCUUCAGAAAAAGGGACUGAUGUGGAUGAAACAGGAACAGUAUUUAAACCGAUGGAUGGAUGGAAGGAUUGAUACAUCCCUCAUGUCUCUCUUUGUUUGCUACAGCUGCAGAGAGGAUACGAAAAAGGGAACAGAAAGUUCUCCGUCGAUCUGUACAUAAGGUUUUAUUAAUAUACUUGCGUUGGACUCCAAAUAGAUUUU